AGCUAGGGAAAUUUUAGCCAGGAUAGCGGAAGGAGUGCAGUAAUAGAAAGGCAAAUACUACCUGAAGGAGAAAAGAUAUAAGCAGAAGACCGUACUUGUCUGCUGCCCAAGAAACAUGUCACGACCAGCGAACAGAAGAUCAGAGAAUCCCAAAAUAGAUUGGCAUUUGCCCACCAUUUCAUCCUCUGCAUCAGCACAUCAUAUGAGCAGAGAGCUUUUUGUGCUCACCUACGGUGCUUUGGUUGCCCAGCUGUGUAAAGAUUAUGAACAGGAUGAAGACGUGAACAAGAGUUUAGAUGACAUGGGAUACAGUAUUGGCGUCAGGCUGGUCGAAGACUUUUUAGCUCGCUCUGCUUUGAAGAAGUGCCGGAGUUAUUCUGAAACUGCAGACAUAAUUGCACAGGGUGCUUUCCAGAUGUAUCUGGGUGUCACCCCUAGUGUGACUUGCACCAACGCCAAGAGGAACGAAUUCUCCCUCAUUCUGGAUAAGAAUCCCCUGGUCGACUUUGUGGAAGAAUUGCCAGCAGCGCGAUCUUCACUUUGCUAUUGCAGUCUCCUGUGUGGUGCCAUUAGAGGUGCUCUGGAAGCGGUAAACCUUGCUGCUGAAGUCACUUUCAUUCAGGACCCACUGAAGGGAGAUGAAGCCACAGAAAUUGGAAUUACGUUCUUAAAGAAAGUUGAGGAUAAAAAAAAGAAAAGAAAUAAGUGAAACCAGGGUCAAAAAUAUGGAUCUCUAAUAGUUUGGCUCUUUUGACCUGCCUAGAAAGAAGACCUGAUCCAGACAGGGAAACCACACAGAGCAGGGAUUCUGCCUGUGGAUCCUUUCCUGGAUCAGGUCCAUUAUAACAACAACAAAAAUUGUACUGUGCAGGGUGAGAUUUCUGCAUCCUACUCUCCCAGGGUAUGUGACUGCUGCUCCCAGCUAGAUCAGUUGACAGUAUGGUCCAAGCUAUUUAUGUGAACUCCUGCUCUUUUAACAACCUUCCCGUAUGGGUAGGUCACCAGAGGGGGCUCUUCUCCGAAGUUAAUGUAGGGAGUUGUGAAGAGCAGAGCUUUCCUGGUAGUUGCACCCUCCCUCUGGCACUCCCUGCCCAAGGCUU